AUGACUUUCAUCGUGAUAAUCCCUUCUCGCUUUGCAUCCACACGUCUCCCCGGGAAACCGCUGGCCGUAAUUCACGGCAAGCCUAUGAUCGCCCAUGUGGUAAAAAGAUCACAAGAAUCAGCAGCAGCCAGAGUGAUUGUAGCCACCGACCAUCCCGAAAUUGCCAAAGCAGCAGAAGCAGCUGGAGCCGAGGCUAUUCUCACCAGAGAGGAUCAUCAGAGCGGUACCGAGCGACUAGCAGAGACAGUGGAUCUCCUGGGUCUCGACGACAACGAAAUCGUUAUCAACGUACAAGGAGACGAGCCAUUCAUUGAACCCGAACUCAUUGCUCAGCUCGCGCGCGAUCUCUCAAGCCACACGACAAACAUGGUUACACUAGCCACACCGAUUCGAAAUGUCAGCGACGCGUUAGAUCCAAACAUCGUCAAAGUCGUUCUCGAUGCAGAAGGAAAUGCUCUUUACUUUUCGCGAGCUCUGAUUCCCUGGGAUCGUGAUGCCGGUGGGCUUGGAUCUAGUGAGCAUGUACUUCAACAUAUCGGCCUUUAUGGUUAUCGGGCAGGCUUUUUGCGGAAAUAUCCUACUUUGAAGCGUACUUCGUUGGAGGAUAUCGAGAAAUUAGAGCAGUUACGAGUCCUGUACCAUGGAGGGAAGAUACAUGUAUCUGUGACGAACUCGGUUUUGGCUUUGGGUGUGGAUACUGAGCAGGAUUUGGAACGAGUUCGAUGCAUGAGUCCACAAUGA